CCCCUCACCUCCCUGCACCCCGUCUCUCCCCCUGCACCCCUGCACCCCGCCCCUCCCCGCCCUCGCCUCCCUGCUCGCACCCGGGAUCAGGCGCGGGGCCGCGAUGGAGGAGGAGCUGGCGUGGGAGGCGGAUGGCCUGCUCCCUGCAGAGAGACAGCUGCACGAGGCCGCCCGCAGGAACCACGUGGAGCGAAUGGCGGAGCUGCUGGUGCAAGGCAUCAACAUCAGGGCCAGGAACCACGUGGGCCGUGUGCCCCUGCACUGGGCAGCGGCUGGGGGCCACACACAGGCUGUGCGGCUGCUUCUGGAGCACCAGGCCUCAGUGGACGAGCAGGACGCGUUUGGGAUGAACGGGCUUCUCCUGUCGGCCUGGUUCGGCCACUUACAUGUCCUCCAGAUGCUGGUCACCGCGGGAGCCAGGGUGCACUGCGAGAACAAGGACGGCCUGACCCUCCUGCACUGCGCUGCCCAGAAGGGCCACGUGCCAGUGCUGGGCUUUGUCAUGGAGGACCUGGAGGACGUGACCCUGGAUCGCAGGGACAAGCUGGGGAGGACGGCUUUCCACCUGGCUGCAGAGCACGGGCAGCUAGAUGCCCUGGAUUUCCUCGUGGGCUCGGGCUGUGACCACGGAGCCAAGGACAAGGAUGGGAACACAGCCCUGCACCUGGCAGCUGCCCAGGGCCACCUGGCCGUCCUGCGGAGACUGGUGGACAUCGGGCUGGAGCUGGAGGAACAGAACGUGGAAGGCCUGACGGGCCUGCAUGCGGCCACAGCAGGGAACCAUGCUGACUGUGUGAAGUUCCUUCUCCAGGCAGGAAGCAGUGCCAACGCCAUCACCCAGAGAAAGCAGAGCUGCCUGCACACUGCGGCCCUGGGGGGCUCUGAGGAUGUGGCCCGGGCCCUCCUCCUCGCGGGGGCCUGCGCCAACUCGGCCGACCAGCAGGGCGCCACUCCCCUGCACGUGGCAGUGAGGCACAACUUCCCCGCCCUGGUGCGACUCCUGGUGGAUUCGGGCUGUGACCUGGACGCCACUGACAACAGGCAGCAGACACCCCUGCACCUGGCAGCAGAACAGGCCUGGCAGGACACAGUGGAGCUGCUCCUCAGAGCUGGCGCAGACCUGAGCCUGCGAGACAAGCAGGGGAAGACGGCACUGGCUGUGGCUGCCCGCGCCAACCACGUCAGCCUGGUGGACAUGCUCAUCAAGGCUGACCACUUCCACACGCGGCAGAAGGACGCCCCCACAUCGAGCGUGAGCUUCAGGCAGGACCACCGGCCGGAGACACAGCUGCUCCGUCAGGCCCUGUGGCACUUGGCCUCCCGCGACCUGCGGCCCCACGAGUGGAAGCGGCUGGCCGGCAUCUGGGGCUUCACUGAGGCCCAUGUGCAGGCCAUCGAGCAGCAGUGGACAGGCCCCAGGAGUCACCGUGAGCACGGCCACCGGCUGCUUCUCAUCUGGCUGCACGGGGCAGCGGCUGCUGGGGAGAACCCCAGUAAAGGCCUGUUCGAGGCCCUGGUGGCUAUCGGUCGGAGGGACCUGGCCGAGAGCGUCAGGAGUCGAGUGGGAGCAGACAAGAGCCACCCCAGCAGGUGUGCAGCUAUGUGAGCGAGGUGUGGCCGGGGCCAGAAGAGGACCCACCGGCUCCACUGCAAACUGGACCUCACCAGCUCCGUCCUCCACUGCAAACCGGACUGGACCCCACCAGCUCUGUCUCCCAUCUCAAGCUGCACCCACUAGCUUAUGUGCAGGGGCUGCCCCCGGCUGCUUUCUCCUCACGAGCUCAUCUGCUCCCUGGCAGCUCCAGGAGCCAGGCGCCUUCACUUGGUCCCCUUUAUCUUAGGAUUCUGAAGUCUCCAGACUUCUUGUUUGUUGUUGUUAUGACAGGACUUGUCCCUGCGGUGUGUCUGGAACUGCGUCCGGGCAGCCUUCCCAGCACCCUGAGGCCUCCGUCAGGCGUCCAGAGAUACCCCUGCUGUGGGAGAGCAGGGCUGCUGGGUUUUCUCUUCCUUCAGACAUAUUAGGCCUGGAGUCCUGAGUGAAGCCUGCGCUUACUGGCCCUGAGGGUGUUCCUUGGAUCUGCCACUCCUAUAUGAGGUUUUUAAAUUAAAAAAAAAUAAUAAACAUGUGCAUAGAACUACUGCUGAGCUGUUAAUCUUGUCAAUUUUAUUUUAGAGAGAUUGAAACGGAGGGAGGGAGAGAGGAGAGAGACACCACAGCACUACGUCAUUGUACAUGGAGCUUCCCCUGGUGCGGCCCAUGAAGCUCCCAUGUGGUGCCAGGGCUCGGACCCAGAGUCUCACAUGCUUGACCUGCCAAGCUAUCUCCUGCCCCCUCCACUAGAACUCUUGACUCCAGGCCUAUUAAUUUCUCUCAUGAAUCUUAAGGUGGGGAGGAGUGUACUUCUGCACGUUUGGGUCCACAUUCUUAUUUUCAGGCUGUGGAUGUGGUGAGGCUUAUUUUGAAAUAAUUUGGACUUAAACAAAAUUGCAGAAACAAUGCAAAGAAUUUCUGAAUACGCGUCCUCCAGCUUCUUCAAAUAUCAACGUCUCCCACAGCCACAGGAUAAUUGUCAAAACCAGGAUACUAAAACCAGUGACACAGUGACACCCUUGAACCUUCAGACGUCAUCUGGAGUCCUUUCCCUGGGCUGUGGCUUCAGUUCAGGGUCAUAUUGGCCAUUUUGGAAUUACUGCACCUUAAAAAAAAUAAUGAGAAAGACCAGAGCUCUGCUCAGCUCUGACUGAUGAUGGUGCAGGGAUUGAACCUGGGACCGCCACAGAGGCUCAGGCAGGAGACUCCUUUGCAGAACACUGCACUGUCUCCCCAGCCCCUUUUCUUUCAACUU